AUGUCUGCUCCUCCAACUUCGCUCGCAGCAACAGCCGCCGAUACCAGCGGAGGCACCAAAACUUCUCCAUUUCAGAACCUAAACUCAAGCAUUUUGAUCAUCAUUUUGAUCCUCUCCAUCACUCUCUUAAUCUCGGUUUCUCUUUGCUUCCUCCUCCGCCUCUUAAACCGCGGUUGCCUCCGUCACCUCUCUCCCUCUAGAACCACCGCCACAGCUAACGCUACAACAACCUCCUCCUCUAACCGCCACUCAGGUAGCAACAAUCACCGUGUUUCACCAGAAACUUUAGAGCCUUCCAUCGCGGACUCACUUCCUCUCUUCUCCUUCUCCUCCAUAAAACGCCGGUCGUCAUCCUCCCCUUCUAUAUCAGGCGGCGAUUGCGCUGUUUGUUUGUCGAAGUUUGAACCGGAUGACCUCCUGCGAUUGCUUCCUAUUUGUUGUCAUGCUUUCCAUGCACAUUGCAUUGACACGUGGCUCAAUUCUAACCGCUCAUGUCCUCUUUGCCGGUCUCCUAUCCAUAUAUCGGAGUCCGACCUCGCCAAAGCUAUCUCCGAUGGCGGCGCUCGUGGUGGUGAUAGUUUCCGCCUUGAGAUUGGCUCUAUCAGCCUUCGAGAACAUACUGCCCCUAACUCCGCCUCCUCUCUCUCCACAGCCGCAGCCUCUGCUGCUGCAGGCGAGCAUCGGAGCUCGUACUCAGUUGGUUCGUUUGAUUACGUCGUGGAGGAGGAAUCGGAGGUUACUAUCAGUCAAUCGCACAGGAGGAGCAUGUCGAAGGAGAGUGGUGGUGGAUGUUCGACAUUGUCUGAGCAGCCGAUUUUGGCAGCGGAAGUGGCUGCGGUGAGAGGAAGUUGGUUAAGAGAAUAUGUUGAUAGGCUAUCGGCUUCUCUCUCCUCUCGUACGGCAUCCUUUAGAGGUUCUGGAAGGUUCUUUACAGGCAGCAGUGGUCGGAGCGAGAUCGCCAGCGUCGGAGAUUAUGAUUUGGAGGCGAGUCGUGUUGGAGAAGAAAUUAGCGAGCUGUUUCGUUGGUUUUCAGGGGUAUGA